CACACGAAGAACAUGAACUUGGCCAAAGGUCUGCGCGACGAGGCCCUGAAACAUGCGAGAGAAGUGGAACGAAAGACGCGAGAGGCUAUCAGUGUCUCUGAUGCCAAUGUAGCCAAGCAACUAAAAAAUGAAAUUAAGACACAACUAAAGCUUCGAGAUAAACUCGACAAGCAGGCAGCUAAAUUAAUCUUCGAAGGAAGGAAUCAAGGAAAGCCUCCAGGACUGUUCGACUUACACGGUCUCUACGUAAGGGAAGCCGAAUAUUAUGCCAAGAAAUCCCUCCUCAAUGCGAAGCAACAAGGCCUGGUUCAGGUUCAAUUUAUAGUUGGGCAGGGUAAACAUUCUCGAAACAACAUUCCCCGGUUGAAGGCAGCGAUAGAGGCUUUGCUUGAGGCCGAGGGAGUUACCCAUGGUGCUCAUCCAUGGAACAAAGGCGUUAUACUUGCAAUGCUGGACAGUCCUCCUCGCAGCGGUGAUGUCAGCAAGCACGUUAAUGCUUUGGGCCGGAUCUCUUGAGAACAAAUGCUGCGAACAAAGCUGUUUUAUCGUAAAACUUUAUCGGAUCUUCUUGGAUUUUCUAUUCUUUAGUCUCUUCGGUGUAAUCUUACUUGAUGAGUAAGAAGUCAUGAUACAAAAUAAAACAGAGCAACUUUUUAUUUUUGGAGAUGGGUAGAAUUUCGCAUUCACCCUUUCAAAUCUGCAACGGA